AAGUGUAAACUAAUAUAAAUGUUGAUCGUCAUGUCCAACAAGACAACUGGUUCCUUGUACUUCUGGUCAGCUCAUUUGGCUGGGCCUAUUUGGGGGCCGUUUGCAUCUUGGUGUUGUGCCUGGCUGGAAAUGAUUGGUCUAAUUGCAGGCAUUGGAACACAGGCUUAUGGUGGAUCAAAAGUUCUACAAAGUAUUAUCUUACUGAGCACUGGAACAAAUAAAGGUGGAGGUUAUUUGGCUCCAUGUGGAGUAUUUCUUUCUAUGUACGUGGGUUUCACUAUUAUAUGGGCCAUUUUAAAUACAUUUGCUUUGGAUGUGAUUGCUUGCAUCGAUACCGUCUCAAUUUGGUGGCAGAUCAUAGGAGGAGCGGUUAUUGUUGUGAUGCUUCCACUAGUUGCACCAACUACUCAAUCUGCGUCAUAUGUAUUUUUGCACUUGGAGACUUCUCCUGAUUUAACAGGGAUACGGAACAAGGCAUAUGCUAUAGUUCUUUCGUUCCUUGUUAGUCAGUAUUCACUCUAUGGCUAUGAUGCUGCAGCACAUUUAACUGAAGAAACAAAAGGUGCAGACAUCAAUGGUCCAAUUGCAAUCCUCUCAAGUUUAGGAAUUGUAUCAGUUUUUGGAUGGGCUUUUAUCUUAGCUCUUACUUUUAGCAUUCAGGACCCUAGGUACUUAUACGAUGCAAACAAUGAAACAGCUGGAAGCUUUGUGCCAGCACAGAUUCUAUAUGAUGCAUUUCAUGGGCGAUAUCAUAAUUCCAGUGGUGCAAUAGUUAUGCUCAUUGUUAUAUGGGGCUCUUUCUUCUUUGGAGGCGUUUCAGUCACAACAAGCGCUGCACGAGUUGUUUAUGCUUUAUCUCGAGAUGGAGGCAUUCCAUUCUCUAGAAUUUGGCAUAAGUUGCACCCAACGUACAAGAUUCCUGCAAAUGCAGUAUGGCUAUGUGCAGGUUUAUGUAUACUCUUGGGCCUUCCUAUCUUGAAAGUAAAUGUGGUAUUCACGGCUAUCGCAUCAAUCUGUACCGUAGGAUGGGUUGGUGGAUACGCUGUUCCCAUAUUUGCUAGAAUGAUUAUGCCAAGGAAGAACUUUAAACCGGGACCUUUCUUCUUGGGACGUGCUAGCCGGCCCAUUUGUAUGAUAGCAUUCUUAUGGAUAUGUUACACUUGUUCAGUAUUCCUACUGCCAACAGUUUACCCAAUUGAAUGGGAUACAUUCAACUAUUCACCCAUUGCACUGGGUGUAGUAUUGGGACUGAUAAUGUUUUGGUGGUUGGUGCAUGCAAGAAAGUGGUUCAAGGGUCCGGUGAGCAAUAUUGGAACUUAACAUGAUAAAGUUUAAGAGUCUAUAACAUUCGUUAUUUAAUUCUUUAUGUGCUAAAUAUCUGAAGCAAUUGAUGGUUUCGUUGCAUAGCA